CCGGCCGUAGCUUCGGCCCCACAGCCCAGCAUCGCGUGGAAUAGCCGCUCCGCACCCGCGAGAGAACGCACUGUGGGGUGUGUAAAAAUGGCAAAGAGAAUUGCAGAGAAGGAACUGACUGACAGAAACUGGGAUCAGGAGGAUGAAGCUGAGGAGGUGGGAACAUUCUCAGUAGCUAGUGAAGAAGUGCUGAAGAACAGAGAUAUUAAAAAAGCAAAGCGCCGAAAUGUCGGAUCAGAGUCUGAAAGCGGAGGAGCUUUUAAAGGGUUUAAAGGCUUUAUAUUGCCUUCGGGAAAAGGAGGAAGUGGCUUCAGCGGAUUUGGUAAUGGUGCAGGCAUAAAGCCUUUAGAAGGGCUGUCUAAUGGAAGCAGUAGUGUCUCUAGCACUCCUUCUUUCACCAGUUUAAAGACCACCUCUGAAACACAAUCAGCAUUUGGAUCCACAAUGUCAAAUGGUCCCACUGCUACUACAUUCACUGAGAAAAAGGCUACGAGUCCAAAGGCUAAUGGAGGCAAUCAACCAUCCUCAUCUGGCUAUGCUCAGAGUAAAGUUUGUAGCUCUAGUGUUUACCACAAACAAUUAGCAGCUUUAAACUGUUCUGUGCGUGACUGGAUAGUUAAGCAUGUAAACACAAACCCACUGUGUGACCUGACACCCAUCUUCAGAGACUAUGAGAAGUACCUAGCAAAUAUUGAACAGCAGCAUGGAAGCAGUAGCGACAGUGGCUCCGAAAAUGAAAGCAACAAGACACCUGGCACUGAGUCUGUUUCUGCAUUUGGGAAUUCAAAGUUACAGCAAGGAUCAUCAUUUCUGUUUAACAACAACAAAAGUGGGGAUACCUCAGAGAAAAAACCUGAUGCUGCAUCAGAAAAAAAAGAGCCAUCAUCAGAAGCUACAUCGAGCGUCUCGUUUAAUUUUGGGAAGAGCGUUGACAGUUCUGUUUUGGGUUCUCUUGGUUCAGGAGCACUCAGUAGUUUCUCCUUUUCUCCUGGGAGUUCAGGUUUGUUUGGAAAAGACACGAACCAAGCUAAGUCUGCCACUGCAGUAUCCACCAACGUAUUGGAAGCUCAGACAGAAAGUGGCAACAGUGAUGACAAAGGAGAAGAGGAGGAAGAAGAGCCACCAAAAGUCAUUGUUAAUGAAAUAAAAGAGGAUGAUGCUUUCUACUCAAAGAAGUGCAAACUGUUCUACAAAAAGGAUAAUGAAUUUAAAGAAAAAGGUGUAGGAACAUUACACUUAAAGCCAGCAGGAAAUGAAAAAACUCAACUCCUAGUCCGAGCAGAUACCAAUCUAGGAAACAUACUGUUGAAUGUUCUCAUUCCACCUAAGAUGCCAUGUACAAGAACCGGGAAGAACAAUGUUCUUAUAGUUUGUGUUCCUAACCCACCAAUUGAUGAGAAGAAUCCAUCUGUUCCUGUUACUAUGUUAAUCAGAGUGAAAACAAGCGAGGAUGCAGAUGAGUUGCACAAAAUCUUACUGGAGAAGAAGGAGGCUUAAUUAAGUUGCAGUCAGUGAUUUGAGGAUUUAUUGCCAAACUGCUGCUGCUCUUUUUUCCCCUUCCAUAACUUCACUUGAACACUUAACUCUUUACUCUGAUAUUAAGAACUGUUAAAGGAAUUCUGGAAAGAUUCUGUGAGGAAAAGCUAAACUAGCUAAUAAAAGCUUUAAUAGAACACGAGCCUUGGACUGUGCUCCCUCAUUUUUCAAUAUC